UCAAAACUGAAAAUAAUAACAAAAAACAAUAUUUCAGGCAGCCCAUAUUCUUCCCGUCAAUUUUUUCCCCGUCACUGUUGCAAUUACACAGAGUCUCCGUGACGACGCUGAGUUUAUUUUUUCAAUUACGUAAAUAAAAAAAAAUUAUUAGCAGUUAAUAUAACAUGUGAGCUGGAUUUGCUUUCCACUUCCAAAUAAAUUCAUUCCCAGAAGAAAAAAUGAUCAAUAAGCUAGGGCAGACACAAGGAGAAGAAGGAUUUUAUCUGAAAUUUGUCGUGGAGCUGAUUGAUACCGAUGGAGUUUCUCUAAUAUUCGCGUGAUUUCUCCUCAUUUUGCUCCGACGGUUGUAUCUCGAAAGGGAGCGGUUCUUGAGCAAUCUAUUGAGAAUCUUGCGAUUUUCCUCAAAACUUACUGAUUGGUUUGCUCUGUUGCUGUCUUAGUUUGACUGAUUGGAUUUUUUGACCAUCAUUCGAGUCCUCUGGGUGAGGGGUUGACGAUGGAUGCUAGGGUUUGAAGGAGAUGAGAAUAUCACAAUGAGAGGGGAAAAGGAGUUACUAAGUCGAUGGAUGAGAGAGAUAGGACAUUACCUGAUCUGGUAGGCUUGUUCAAAUCCUGGAUCCCAUGGAGGUCAGAGCCCGCUCAUGUGUCGAGGGAUUUCUGGAUGCCCGACCAGAGCUGCCGGGUGUGUUACGAGUGUGAUACCCAGUUCACCUUGUUUAACCGUAGGCAUCACUGUAGGCUCUGCGGUCGUAUUUUCUGCGCCAAGUGUACUUCCAAUUGGGUCCCUACUGAAUCAGGUGAACAGAAGGCUUUAGUAGAGGAGUGGGAUAAGAUUAGGACCUGUAACUACUGUUUCAAGCAAUGGGGAAAAGAUCUGACGGUGGCUGUUGAUAAUGGGAUACAGGUCACCAGCCGGGACACCAGCUGCCUUUCGCCAUCAGAAACUAGUUACCUUAGCACUAAGUCCAGUGGAACGUGUAGCAGCAGUGUUACCUUUUUCUCCAUGCCACAGUCUGCUGGAGUCAGCCCUCGUCGAUCGCCUAUUAUGGAAACAGCUGUAGAGAGAGAACGUGUUGGAGAAACCAACGAUCAUGUUGGGGAUGUAGGGGAACAGACCCAGUCCGGAGACAGAUUUGAAUUCAGCAGAAACAGAAGUGACGACGAUGAUGAAGAUUUUUCUUUCUCUCACAUACGUUCCCAAGCGAGUCACUUUGCCCAGGUCAAUGACUAUUAUGGGCAUGCUCAGUUUCAUGAUCUAAACAGUGAUUUUAACUCAUGUAAAGUUCAUCCCGAUGGAGAUGCUGUCGAUUCAAAUAUUAUGAGUGCCGCACCAUCACCAAUUCCUUUUGAUUCCCAAAACUCUGACGAAGUCUCGCAGAUUGUGAGGAAAGGUGUUGAUCACGAUAUUGUUGAUGAAUGUGAGGCACCUUCUUCACUAUAUGUGGCUGAAGAUGUCAAUACUGAACCCGUGGACUGUGAAAGCAAUGGAGUUUUGUGGCUUCCACCAGAGCCGGAAGAUGAAGAAGAUGAAAGAGAAGCACUUCUAUUUGAGGAUGACGAUGAUGAUGGAGAUGGUGCUGGAGAAUGGGGAUACCUACGCAAUUCAAGUAGCUUUGGGAGUGGGGAGUCUCGAAGUAGGGACAAAUCGAAUGAGGAGUACAAGAAAGUGAUGAAGAACGUGGUCGAAGGUCACUUUAGGGCUUUAGUAGCGCAGCUCUUGCAGGUGGAGAAUCUGCUGCCAGAGGCAGUAAAUGACAAAGAAAGUUGGUUGGAAAUAAUUACAGCCUUGUCAUGGGAGGCCGCCACAUUGUUAAAGCCAGACACAAGCCAGGGUGGGCAAAUGGACCCAGGGGGGUACGUAAAAGUGAAAUGUCUAGCAUCGGGGCUUCGAAGUGAGAGUUCCGUUGUCAAAGGAAUUGUCUGCAAGAAAAAUGUGGCUCACCGACGGAUGACAUCAAAGAUAGAGAAACCACGUCUGCUGAUCCUUGGGGGUGCUCUUGAGUAUCAGAGGAUUUCAAAUGCUCUUUCAAGCUUUGAUACUUUGUUGCAACAGGAAACGGAUCAUCUUAAGAUGGCUGUUGCAAAGAUAGAUGCUCAUAAUCCUGACAUUCUUCUGGUGGAGAAAUCUGUUUCAAGAUAUGCCCAGGAGUACCUUCUUGCAAAAGAUAUAUCACUUGUGCUAAAUAUUAAAAAGCCACUUUUGGAGCGCAUAGCCCGCUGCACUGGUGCUCAAAUUGUUCCUUCAAUUGAUCAUCUAUCAUCACAGAAGCUAGGAUAUUGUGAUAUGUUCCAUGUAGAGAGAUUUCAAGAAGAGCAUGGCUCUGUGGGUCAGGCUGGAAAGAGACUGGUGAAGACACUAAUGUUUUUUGAAGGUUGUCCAAAGCCGUUAGGUUUCACGAUAUUACUUCGUGGCGCCAGUGGGGAUGAGUUGAAGAAAGUGAAGCAUGUCGUACAGUAUGGAGUCUUUGCAGCUUAUCAUCUGGCUCUGGAGACAUCUUUUCUUGCCGACGAAGGUGCCUCCCUGCCGGAAUUUCCUUUGAACUCUCCAAUUAAUGUGGCACUUCCAGAGAAGGCAUCAUUGAUUGAUAGGUCCAUCUCAGUUGUGCCUGGUUUCAUGGCCCCAGCUGGUGAAAAAUCUCCCGGGCCUCAAUCUGUUGGUGAACCACUUAGGCCGAGCAGUGUGCCCACUUCAGAUCUGAUGAAGGCAACAAUUACACCUGUUCAAGGGAAUGAAUGUUUAGAAGCAUCUAACCUCAGUGCUCCCAUGAGACGUCAUCCUUCCCUUAUCUCGUCCCCUGUACAAGAUUUUCCGCAUUCUACCUUGAAUGAGGGCUUUAGUCGCGAUGCCUCAGAAGAUCGAGGGUUUGCGGAUUUGUCUUUGUCUUCAGAGCCUCAAGUUUCUGAAAAAGACACAGGUGCUGCUACUGGGAGUUGCUACGUCUCUGGUGAUUUUGGCAACUCGGGCACAAAAGUCAUGCAAAGCGAUCAUCAUGAAAUUGAUUCCAGCAGUAGUGUUACGAACCCAUCGUCUUUGCCUGAUGGAAAGCAAAUCCGCGAGGAACAGCCUGCUUCAAAAGAAGAGUUUCCGCCUUCUCCUUCGGACCAUCGAAGCAUCCUUGUCUCGUUGUCGUCACGAUGUGUAUGGAAGGGCACUGUAUGUGAAAGAUCCCAUCUGUUUCGAAUAAAAUAUUACGGUAACUUUGACAGGCCUUUGGGUCGUUUUCUACGGGAUCAUUUAUUUGAUCAGAAUUAUGUAUGCCGCUCAUGUGAGAUGCCUGCCGAAGCUCACGUUCAGUGUUAUACGCACAGACAAGGUACCCUUACAAUAUCGGUAAAGAAGCUGCCUGAAAUUAUUCUACCUGGGGAAAAGGAUGGAAAGAUUUGGAUGUGGCACCGUUGCUUGAGAUGUCCUAGAGCUAACGGGUUCCCACCCGCAACUAGAAGGAUUGUGAUGUCCGAUGCUGCUUGGGGAUUGUCUUUUGGAAAGUUCUUGGAGCUAAGCUUUUCAAACCAUGCAGCUGCUAGCAGAGUUGCAAGCUGUGGUCAUUCUUUACAUAGAGACUGUCUUCGAUUUUAUGGGUUUGGAAAAAUGGUUGCUUGCUUUCGUUAUGCAUCAAUUGACGUUCAUUCAGUGUACCUACCUCCCCAUAAACUUGAUUUCAGCUAUGGAAGCCAGGAGUGGAUAGAAAGAGAACUGAAUGAGGUGGUUGGGCGAGCUGAGCUUUUGUUCUCUGAGGUGCUUAAUGCUCUUCGGCUUCUGGUUGAAAGAAAAUCUGCCCAAGGUAUGGUCAGCAGCGGCACCAACUUUUCUGAGUCGAAACGCUUGAUUUCAGAUCUUGAGGGUAUGCUGCAGAAAGAGAAGUCAGAAUUUGAGGAAACACUUGAGAAAAUUCUGAAGAAGGAGGUAAAAAAGGGCCAACCUGCCAUUGAUAUUCUCGAGCUCAAUCGGCUCCGCAGGCAACUAGUUUUCCAGUCUUAUAUGUGGGACCAACGCCUGAUACACGCAGCCAGCCAAGAUGUUAAGAAUCAACCAAAUGUCAUGGAAGUUACACCUUCAGAGUCGACGGUGAAACUCCUCGAUGGUACUUUUAAAGUCCCUGAUUUAAGUUCUCCAAUUAAGACACGUUUGGGUAAUCUUGAAAAUAGCGGUGUGGAUGCAAAGACUAAUCAAAAUCCCGACCAUGUUGCAAGCCUUACUCCGAACAAUGACAUUGAGGAUAGAAAACCUGAUGCAAUUCUCAGCCCCACUCCUCAAAAUCUAAGCCCGGCAACACCUGUUUGUGAGAUGAAUCCCACAGAUGAAUCUGAUCCAUUGGUUUCUGGUGUUAGUGUCCGUAGGGCCUUCUCUGAUUGUCAAGAUUCUAUUUGUUUGUCGCAAACCCUUGACUCGGCAUGGACCGGCCAAAGUCACACAGGAACCCCGAUUCCCAAGAAUAAGAGUUUCUCCGAAUCAGUCGAAGUAGAUAGUCUAUCCACCCUCAGGUCAUCAAACAAGUUAGAAGUGGAAGACCACAGAGAGGACUUAAGCCUACCUAAGGCGCCUCCUCCUCAGUCACCUUCUGUUUCAUCUGCCAAAAGCUCUGAGAAUUUGGAAGACACUGUAAGCUGGUUGAGUAUGCCAUUUUUGAGUUUUUACCGAUCGAUAAACAAAAAUUUCGUAGGACCAGCUGAGAAAUUGAACACGCUGGACGAAUACAAUCCAGUGUACAUUUCAUCAUUUCGGGAUUCUGAACUCCUGGGCGGGGCCCGCUUGCUCCUGCCCGUGGGAGUCAACGAAACUGUUAUUCCUGUGUACGAUGAUGAGCCCACGAGUAUCAUUUCUUAUGCGCUUGUUUCGCCCGAUUAUUUUGCCCAGCUGUCUGAUGAACAACCUGACAGGGUCAAAGACUCUACUUCAGACUCUACGUUUUCUUCUCAGCAUUUUGAUGUAGGGAGUUUUCCUUCAUUUAAUUCUCUUGACGAGAUGAUGUUGGAGUCAUACAGGAGCCUUGGAUCCGGAGACGAGAGCAUGCUGACAUCUUUAACGAGCUCCCGUAGUUCUUUGCCUAUGGAUCCACUGUCAUAUACAAAGGCCAUGCAUGCCAGAGUGUCCUUCUCGGACAACGGGCCCCAUGGGAAGGUCAAGUACACCGUGACUUGCUAUUACGCCAAGCGUUUUGAGGCCCUGAGGAGGAUAUGUUGCCCGUCUGAGGUGGAUUUUAUUCGGUCCCUUAGCAGGUGCAAGAAGUGGGGAGCUCAAGGUGGGAAAAGCAACGUCUUUUUUGCGAAGACCUUGGACGAUAGGUUUAUCAUCAAGCAAGUGACGAAGACUGAGCUGGAGUCGUUCAUCAAAUUUGCUCCUAGCUAUUUUAAGUAUCUUUCGGAAUCAAUAGGCUCGGGAAGUCCCACGUGCCUAGCGAAGAUACUUGGGAUAUAUCAGGUUACAUCCAAGCAUCUGAAAGGAGGGAAGGAAACAAAAAUGGACGUGUUGGUUAUGGAGAAUCUUCUGUUUGGAAGGAAUCUGACCCGACUUUAUGAUCUCAAAGGAUCUUCCAGAUCACGAUACAAUCCCGAUUCUUCUGGAAGCAACAAAGUUUUGUUGGAUCAGAACUUAAUUGAAGCAAUGCCAACUUCUCCAAUCUUUGUUGGAAAUAAAGCCAAAAGACUACUAGAAAGAGCAGUGUGGAACGAUACUGCUUUCCUCGCUUCCAUAGACGUGAUGGAUUACUCGCUUCUAGUCGGGGUUGAUGAGGAGAAACACGAGCUUGUUCUUGGAAUAAUCGACUUCAUGAGGCAGUACACAUGGGACAAACACCUCGAGACAUGGGUCAAAGCUUCAGGCAUCCUUGGCGGGCCCAAAAAUGCGUCCCCAACCGUAAUUUCCCCAAAGCAAUACAAGAGAAGAUUCCGGAAAGCCAUGACGACCUAUUUCUUGAUGGUCCCCGAUCAAUGGUCACCCCCUACAAUUGCUCCUAGCAAGUCAAUGUCCGACUUAAACGAGGACAACUCAUAGAAUGAAAAAAAAAAAAAGNUUUUUUUUUUUCCUUGUCUGUACAUUUUGUUGCCUAUUUUUUCCUAUUCUUUUGGAGACCGGUUACUUCCUAGCUCUCUUUUUAGCGGUUUUUCAAGCCUCGGUUAGGAGUCCCCCACCCCUUGUCUAGAUAUUGGAUGAGCCCACACAAGGUUAUAAUUCUUUUGUUUGUAUACAUGUGAUGAUCUGGUGUUCACUUUAGUCUCCUCAUGUUACAGUACUUUGGAAAGCUGUGGAGUUGUGUAUAUGAAGUGGAAAUAUGUUGGGUGCAAUUUUUGUACAGACGAGGAGGUUCUGUAAUGGCUCAAAAUCUUCAUUCAUUUUCUGAGUUUCUUUAUCUGUUUGAUGUUUGAACUUUUGAUUUGUGUUCUAUUUUGUUGGUCAUACUUAAACUGGG